GACGUCACGCGGCGGGCGGUCUCUUCUGUGUAGCCCUCCACUUUCAUUCAUAGGCGCUUAGAGCAGCAGUCAAACCCUCACAAGCUCAUACGCCAGCCCACGACGAGCCUCCAGCGAAGACGGACAGUGAGAGUUUGUAGGAAGAAUGGCAGAAGCGCACCAGGCGGUGGCCUUCCAGUUCACCGUCACUCCAGAUGGCAUCGACCUACGCCUGUGCCAUGAGGCCCUGCGGCAGGUUUACCUCUCCGGCCUGCACUCCUGGAAGAAGAGGUUCAUUAGGUUCAAGAAUGGUGUUAUGACUGGAGUAUAUCCUGGAAGUCCUUCUGGACUGAUAGUUGUUGUUGCGGGAUACAUGUCCUAUGCGAAGUAUGCCAAAAUAGACCCCUCAUUAGGACUCUUCACAAAACUGGCCACGCACAUACCAGUAAGUAAGUAUAUAACAGAAGAUGGUCAGCGUAUUGCUGGUGGAGUGCUGGUGGGCACAGGGCUGUGGGUCACUGUCAUCUUCAUCAUGAGGAGUGUCCUUAAAUCCCUGCUGUCUUGGCACGGAUGGAUGUACAACCGCCAUGGGAGUGUGUCCAUAGGUACCAAGAUUUGGCUGGUGCUGGUGAAGUUGUUCUCUGGCCGUAAGCCAAUGCUCUACAGUUUCCAAAGCUCGCUGCCACGCUUACCCGUGCCCACUGUGAAGGACACCACAAAAAGAUAUCUUGAAUCAGUGCAUGCUCUUAUGGACGAUGAGCAGUACAAACGCAUGGAGGGCCUGGCGAAAGAUUUUGAGAAGAACCUGGGCCCAAAACUCCAGUGGUACUUGAAGCUCAAAUCCUGGUGGACCUCCAACUAUGUCAGUGACUGGUGGGAAGAGUACAUUUACCUAAGAGGACGUGGGCCCAUUAUGGUCAACAGCAACUACUAUGCAAUGGACUUCCUGUAUGUCUUCCCCACUCAUCUGCAAGCUGCCAGGGCAGGGAAUGCUAUCCAUGCCGCUAUGCUGUACAGGAGGAAACUGGACCGUGCUCAGCUUAAACCUGUUUACUUGCUGGAGAACAGAGUGCCGCUGUGUUCGGCACAGUGGGAGCGGAUGUUUAACACGUCCCGCAUCCCGGGCCUGGAUACAGAUGUCAUUCAGCACGUGAAUGAGAGCAAGCACAUUGUGGUGUACCACAAGGGACGCUUUUUCAAGGUGUGGAUGUUUUAUGACGGCCGGUUGCUGCAUCCCAGAGAGAUCGAGCAGCAGAUGGAGAGGAUUCUGGCGGACAAGUCUGAGCCUCAGCCUGGAGAGGAGCAUCUGGCUGCACUCACAGCAGGAGACAGAAUACCCUGGGCCAAGGCCCGCUCAGCGUUCUUCAGUAGAGGGAAGAAUAAGCAGUCUCUGGAUUCAGUGGAGAAGGCAGCUUUCUUUGUGACUCUGGAUGACACUGAACAGCGUUAUGACCCUGAUAACCCUGUGCAGUCUCUGGACAGAUACGCCAAAUCUCUUCUCCAUGGGAAAUGCUAUGACAGAUGGUUCGAUAAGUCCUUUAACCUGAUCGUGUUUAAGAACGGCACUAUGGGUUUGAAUGCUGAACAUACCUGGGCUGAUGCCCCCAUCGUUGGCCACCUUUGGGAGCAAGUACUGGCUUUUGAUCCUGUGAUCCUCGGAUACACAGAGGAAGGUCACUGCAAGGGAAAAAUACACCCAAGUCUGCCCGGACCACAGCGCCUACAGUGGGAUAUUCCAGAAGAGUGUCAGUCAGUGAUCAGCAGCUCUCUGAAGGUGGCUAAUGCUUUAGCAGAUGAUGUGGACUCUCACAUUAUCCCCUUCAAUGAGUUUGGCAAAGGCCUGAUCAAGAAGUGCAAGACCAGCCCAGAUGGCUUUAUCCAGAUCGCUCUCCAGCUCGCUCACUUCAGGGACAAAGGAAAGUUCUGCCUGACAUACGAGGCGUCCAUGACACGACUGUUCCGAGAGGGUCGCACUGAAACCGUUCGCUCCUGCACCAUUGAGUCCUGUGCCUUCGUCCGUGCCAUGAUGGAUGAAAAACAGACGAGAGAGGAGAGGCUGCGACUGCUGAAGUUGGCAGCAGAAAAGCACCAGGACCUGUACAGAAUGGCCAUGACAGGCAAAGGCAUUGAUCGGCACCUUUUCUGUCUCUACGUGGUGUCCAGGUACCUGGGAGUGGACUCCCCCUUCCUCAAAGAGGUGUUGUCUGAGCCCUGGAGACUGUCCACCAGUCAGACUCCUCUCCAGCAGCUGGACCUGUUUAAUCUGACGAAGAACCCAGAGUACGUGACCAGUGGAGGCGGCUUUGGCCCGGUGGCAGAUGAUGGUUAUGGAGUAUCAUAUAUCAUCCUUGGAGAAGACCUCAUCAACUUCCACAUAUCCAGCAAACACUCCAGUCCAGAGACUGACUCUCACCGUUUCGGCUGUCAUAUUAAGCAGGCCAUGCUCGACAUUCUGGACCUUUUCCAGAUUGACAGGAAAGCCAAGAAGUGAUCUCUGUUCUUCUCUCUCUCCAUUCACAAAAGGGGGUUUCAUUUCAGUGAAGUGCACUGAGUGUUAGACUAUUCCUACAUAGGCAUGUACAGGGCAUGUACAGAUGCGUUGUUAGUUUUUAAUUCAUGAGAUAAGAAAUUUAAAUAGUAUAAAUGAAGCACGAACAGGUGAAUAUAUUCAUGUCCUCUUCAUUCAUGUUAAGUGUGUAAAAUGGGAGAAACUGUUCAGUGGGCCUUUUUAUAACAGAUUGUACUAGCCUUCAUUUUACACAUAUUGUUUUUAGCAUAUUAUUCAUUGUUGCCUUAUUGAACAGAAUGGCCAUCACUCCAUAACCCAGAUAAAAAUCCAGAAAGAGGUGUUCCUUUUCUGUACUGUGCACAUAACAAAGUUCCCUUCUGUAGCUGCUAUAAUAUGUCAAAAUCAAUGCAAUGUUUUUAACAGAUAUUUUCAUACUCAGGUUAUUUGAAUCUGCAUUUGUGACCGGUGGUGUAUUAGUGGCAUUAGGGCAGGGCAGCCACUAGAGGGAGCUAUUACAGUACUCACUCCAUAUACUCCAUGUACUACAUGCACUGAAACAGUGCACAUUUAGUGAAGGCAAUAGUGAAUGUUUUUAUGUAUUUCAUUAUCAUGAGAUUUCCUGUGCAUGAGUUGCACAGUGUGGACCGUCGCAACCUCUGAAGCCUGUAUUUUGCACUUAUGCCUGUCAGAUAGGCUGCAUUAACUCUGAAUGGCGUGGGAGUUUUUUCUGAGCAGAUUACUGUAGCGAUACAUUUGCAAUGAGAUUGUUAAGUAAUUUAAGUGUACUUUAAGUAGCAUUUCCAUGCAGUCCUAAGAAACAAUAAUGUGGAUGAAAUCAAACGUUCUAAGAACAAGUAAAAGUGCACGGUUACCUUUGAACUGCAAAAAAUCCAUUCUUUUCUUCCACCACAGGAUACUUCAUAUUCUUUUGUGAUAAACUGUGAAGACAAACACUUCUAUAUGACUUCCAUGUAAAGCUGAAGAGUGCUACUUAUUGUAUUUUGGUUGACUGACUCACUGUGGAACUACAGUAGCGAAGGUGUUAGCCAUGAGGCAUAUAUGCAGCUUAGAAUGAACAGGCAGCUCCAGGUGACGCAGUGAUGCAGUUCAGCUUUUACUGAGCUUGGCUGGCGUGGGUGUGGCCUACACGCAGUGCAGAGAAGGCACAUUGUCACAGCUAGGAGGGACAGCAACCUUUAAUUUAAACAAAUCGGUUAUGUCCACAAACUCAAGGAACAAAGGGAUAUUUUGGUCUGUAUAUGUUGUUCAUCAGUGGCAGAAAAGUGUGCUAUUUAUUUAUCUGUUAAAUCCAUAUUUUCACGGUGCAUUUUAUUGGUUCAUGAAUAGGGUGUGCUCAUUAAUCACUUGAAUUGGUGUUCUUGAUUGAAUGUACAAGAAAAGCUGAACAAAAAUAAAGUAACACAUUUUUGUGGAAGGAAUAUGUGUCAUUAAAAUGUGGUUCAUGUUGUGGCUGAAAUAUUUAAACAUUUUCCACAGAUGCAGCUCAAAUGCCAAAACACAAUAAAAAUAAAAAAAAUGCGCAAGAUGA